AUGGCAUCUAUCCUGGAGAACGGAAGUGCAACUUACAUUUCAAUAGUUUCCGAUGGAAGACUUAUUGCUGCAAAUCGUAUACUCGAUGGCCCUAGUAGAGAAUUUGCGAAUUGCGAAGGAUCUUAUGACGACGUGAAUAAAGAAUUCCAGAUUCAAGAGACAGACAAUGAUGGGAGCAGUAGUGAAAUCACAGAUCAAAAUAAUGAAACCAUUGGUCCAUGUUUUGAAAAAACGGCUUCAGAUGGCGGAUUGGGAUGGAUGGUAGCGUUUGCAUCUUUCAUGAACAACUUUCUGUUGAACGGAGUUAUAUAUUCUUUUGGAAUUUUCUUUGAGGACCUUCUGGAAUAUUUCGGUGGUAGUAAAGGCAAAACACAAAUUAUCAGCUCUGUCACCAGUGGGACGUCUUUAUUAAUUGGUCCAUUAGUGGGAGCGAUAGCAAGACGGUUCCGGUGUCGGAGGGUAGCUAUCGUCGGAGCUAUGGUAGCCAGUAUCGGACUUUUCCUCUCCACCUUCUCUCCAAACCUUGACGUCAUGAUUCUGCUAUACGGCAUUGUUGGUGGUACAGGGUUUGGACUUGUAUAUGGACCCUCGACAUUUAUAGUGAGUUACUACUUCAAUAGACGCCGGGCCCUCGCUACAGGGAUAGCCGUAUGUGGGUCAGGUAUUGGAGGAUUCGUCUUUCCCCUAAUUGGUGUCCUUCUACUGGAGGCGUACGGCUGGAAGGGCGCCAUGUGGGUCAUCUCCGCCAUCGUGUCGAAUGGAGUUAUAUUUGCUGCAGUAUACAGACCAAUUGAAAUGCGAAAAAAGACACCGCUAGGGAGUACAGAAUUACAGGGAAGUGAUCCGAUUGCUCGGAAGAACUCGAUGUGUCCUUCCGUGCGUCAAAUGUUUCGAAUUUCACUGUUGUCAAGUCCUUCAGUGGUUAUCUAUGCAGUCUCGUGUUGGUUUGUAUCAUUUGGAUUUUACAUCCCGUUCAAUUUCCUGCCAGAGUAUGCUAAGGAGAAGGACCUCUCAGCUUCUGAUGGCGCUCUCCUUCUAUCUAUCAUUGGGAUAUUCAGCACACUUAUGAGGGUUGUAAUGGGCCUGUUAGCAGAUCGAUCCUGGGCGGACUGUAUCCUGAUCAACGGCGUAGUCGUUGGUUUUGGCGGUGUGGCCACAAUCUUCAUCCCUUAUUACAACUCAUUUGCGGUAUUAGCUGUUUAUUCAGUCGUCUUCGGAACUGCUAUUGGAACAUAUAUUCCGUUAAGGUCGAUAAUUUUGAUAGAGCUAAAAGGAAUUCAAGAACUCCCAGCAUCAUUUGGUAUCAUUAGUACGUUUUGUGGGGUUUCUAUCUUGCUUGGAUCACCUUUAGCAGGUUUCCUGUCUGACCUGACCGACGACUUAAGUUCAGUGUUCUACCUGGGUGGUGCUGCGAUUGCAUUUGGAGGCAUUCUAUGUCUUCCUCUCCUACGAAUUUCGCGAUGGGAGAUAUGCAAGCAACACCAAUAA